AUGGUGCGCCCAUGGGCGGGGCCCGCUGGCGGGCGGGGCCGUUCGUGGGCGGGGCCGGCGGCUGGCCCUUUCGUGGGCGGAGCUGGAGGGCCGGAAGUAGCUCGGCGGACCGACGCUAGCCGGACCCACGGCGCUGAUCCGGUGACCCGGGGACCUCGGGGUGGCGGCCUUGUCUCUGUCCCCUCAAAUCCCCAUCCCCUGCCGCUGCCUAUUCCUAAACUUGAAGACACCAUUAAGAGAUACCUCCGUGCACAGAAGCCUCUCUUGGAUGAUGGCCAGUUCAGGAAGACAGAACAGUUUUGCAAGAGCUUUGAAAAUGGGAUUGGAAAAGAACUGCAUGAGCAGCUAGUUGCUCAGGACAAGCAGAAUAAACAUACGAGCUACAUUUCAGGCCCCUGGUUUGAUAUGUACCUGUCUGCUCGAGACUCCAUUGUCUUGAAUUUUAAUCCAUUUAUGGCAUUCAACCCUGACCCAAAGUCUGAGUAUAAUGACCAGCUCACCAGGGCAACCAACAUGACUGUUUCUGCCAUCCGGUUUCUGAAGACACUUCGGGCUGGUCUUUUGGAGCCAGAGGUUUUCCACUUGAACCCUGCGAAAAGUGACACUGAUACCUUCAAGAGACUCAUACGCUUUGUGCCUUCUUCUCUGUCCUGGUAUGGGGCCUACUUGGUCAAUGCUUAUCCCCUGGAUAUGUCCCAAUAUUUUCGGCUUUUCAAUUCAACCCGUUUACCCAAACCCAUUCGGGAUGAACUCUUUACUAAUGAGAAGGCUAGGCACCUCCUGGUCCUAAGAAAAGGACAUUUCUAUGUUUUUGAUGUCCUAGAUCAAGACGGAAACAUUGUGGGUGCCUCUGAAAUCCAGGCUCAUCUGAAGUACAUUCUCUCAGACAGUAGCCCUGCCCCCGAGUUUCCCCUGGCGUAUCUGACCACCGAGAACCGAGACGUCUGGGCAGAGCUCAGGCAGAAGCUGGCGAGUGGUGGCAAUGAGGAGGCCCUGAGGAAAGUGGACUCUGCUGUGUUCUGUCUCUGCCUAGAUGACUUCCCCAUUAAGGACCUCGUCCACUUGUCUCACAACAUGCUGCAUGGUGACGGCGCAAACCGCUGGUUUGAUAAGUCCUUUAACCUCAUUAUAGCCAAGGACGGCACUGCUGCUAUCCACUUUGAGCAUGCUUGGGGCGAUGGGGUGGCGGUGCUCAGGUUUCUUAACGAAGUGUUCAAGGACAGCACUCAGGCCCCUGCUGUCACCCCACAGAGCCAGCCAGCCCGCACGGACUCUUCUGUCGCCGUGCAGAAGCUUAACUUCAAGCUGAACGAUGCCUUAAAGACUGGCAUCAGCACCGCUAAGGAAAAGUUCGAUGCCACCGUGAAAACCCUCACUGUCGACCUCAUCCAGUUUCAGAGAGGAGGCAAAGAGUUCUUGAAGAAGCAGAAGCUGAGCCCUGACUCGGUGGCUCAGCUGGCCUUCCAGAUGGCCUUCUUGCGGCAGUAUGGGCAGACGGUGGCCACCUACGAGUCCUGUAGCACUGCAGCAUUCAAGCACGGCCGCACUGAGACCAUCCGCCCGGCCUCCAUCUUCACCAAGAGGUGUUCCCAGGCCUUCGUCAGGGAGCCCUCCAAGCACAGUGCUGGAGAGCUUCAGCAGAUGAUGACCAAGUGCUCCACGUACCACGGCCAGCUGACCAAAGAAGCAGCAAUGGGCCAGGGCUUUGACCGACACUUAUUUGCUCUGCGUUACCUGGCAGCAACCAAGGGGAUUGCUCUGCCUGAGCUAUACCUGGACCCUGCAUAUGGGCAGAUAAACCACAACAUCCUGUCCACGAGCACUCUGAACAGCCCAGCAGUGAACAUUGGUGGCUUUGCCCCUGUGGUCCCUGAUGGCUUUGGCAUUGGGUAUGCUGUUCAUGACAACUGGAUAGGCUGCAACGUCUCCUCCUACCCAGGCCGCAAUGCCCGGGAGUUUCUCCAGUGUGUAGAGAAGGCCUUAGAAGACAUAUUUGAUGCCAUAGAAGGCAAAUGCAUCAAAACUUAG